ACCGCUAGAGGCGCUGAUGUGAUUCUACACGAUCGAGCUCUUCAGCAGGCGCGAGUUCAAAUAUUCAAACUGAGGGUUUACACAACAAAAACAUCUGCAAAACAACAGAUUAAACAUAUAAACAUCACUUUUUUACACAUCGAGAUACAUAUAACAUAUGUGAUGGGGGUUUCUGAGCUCUGGUCCAUUCUGGAUCCGGUCCGGCAGUCCGUCCCGCUCUACAGUCUUUCAGGAAAGACCCUCGCCGUGGAUCUCAGCCUGUGGGUCUGUGAGGCCCAGCAUGUGCAGGGCAUGAUGGGAAAAGUCACAAAGCCGCAUCUCAGGAAUCUGUUUUUCCGCGUGUCCUCGCUCACUCUGAUGGGUGUGAAGCUGGUGUUUGUGAUGGAGGGAGACGCUCCUAAGAUCAAAGCCGAGACCAUGAGCAAACGCUCUGAGGUGAGAUUCGGCAGUCUGAAGGCCAAGAGCGUCCCGAAACCAGCAGCUGCCAAAAACACCAGCAGAGGCCGAUUCAAGGCCGUCCUGAGAGAGUGUGCGGAGAUGUUGGACUGUCUGGGCGUGCCGUGGGUGACGGCGGCCGGUGAAGCGGAGGCCAUGUGUGCGUUCCUGGACUCUCAGGGCGUGGUAGACGGCUGCAUUACGAAUGACGGCGACGCCUUCCUGUACGGCGCUCGGACCGUUUACAGGAACUUCAACAUGACUUCUAAGGAUCCUCAGGUGGACUGCUAUCGGAUGUCUCGCGUUCAGGCUGAACUCGGGCUGUCCAGAGAGACGCUCGUGGGUCUGGCCAUCUUCCUGGGCUGCGACUACAUCCCGAAGGGCGUCGCUGGAGUCGGGAAAGAACAAACACUGAAGCUGAUUCAGAGUCUGAGAGGACAAACUCUCCUGCAGAAGUUCGACGAGUGGAGCUCAGACAGAUCUGAAAGGUCAGAGGUCGCGGUGAAGAAGGUCACCCACUGUCUGGUCUGUCGACACCCUGGCUCUGCUAAAUCUCACGAGCGCGGCGGCUGUGUGUUCUGUCAGAGCGAGCGCUUCUGCUCGCCGCAGGACUACGAUUCCCAGUGUCCCUGUGACUGGCAUCGCACUGAACACUCUCGCCAGGCCUCCUCCGUCGAAGCCAACAUCAGGAAGAAGACGCUGGCGUGUGAGCAGUUCCCGUUUACAGAAAUCAUCAGUGAGUUUUUGGUGACGAAGGACAAACCCGUGCCGCCCUUCCGGAGGAGGAAACCCAACCUGUCGCUGAUGCAGGCGUUCGCUCUGGAGAAGAUGGACUGGCCCAAACACUACAGCAGCGAGAAGAUCCUCCCGCUCGUGACCUACACUGAACUGAUGAACCGACAGAGAGGCAGAGACUCUCACAGCCUCAUACAGCCUAUAAGAAUAUAUAAACCUCGUAUAAAGAACGGCGUCUCCUGCUUCGAGGUCAUCUGGACGAAACCAGAUCAUUAUGUGUUCGCCGACGGCUGUGAGGAGCAGACGGAGGUACGGACGGUCGAGGAAGAGUCUCUCUUCAGCUUGGCGUUUCCCGAGAUCCUCCAGGACUUCCAUCGGGAGAGAGCCGAGGCUCAGGAGAACAAAACGAAGAAAAAGAAGCCGAAAGCGAAGAAAGAGAAGCCGGCCGAUUCCCACGAUGCCGUGUCGGAUCUGUUCGCUCAGAUGUCUCUGCAGACGGACACGGAUCCAGAUGCCGUUUUAUCCAGCGAAACUUCCCAGAAACCACCACAGCCUGAUUCCCCUCCGUCCCCUGAGAUCCCAGCCCAGCGCUCUCCUGCUUCCCAGAAUUCCCCUUCGGUGUCUGCUCUGAUUGGCCAGCUGCAUCUCAGCAGUAUAGACUGGGACUCUUCCUCGUUCACGGCCUCUCCUUCCUCGAGCGACAAGACUGACCCGAGACCUGCGGAAAGCUCGACUCGUUCUCUCAAGGAGCGGAUAAUGGUGAAAAACACCCGGACGCAACAUCCCAAGAGUCCUGAAUCCCUCCGUUCAAUCCCAUCAGCUGCAGGUGCAACAACCAAAACAAACCUCGAGCAGAAUCCCAGCAAAAAACCUGCAGCGAAAACCGCCGGAGGAACGGUGUGUAAGACGAGCCGAAUCAGUGACGACAGCGAUGUGGAGAACCGACCCGGAUCACAGAAGCCGAGAAGCAAAGUCAAGGUCACGUCCAAACCACAGAGACCCCAAAUCCCCCAGAAAUCCCCCAAUCGUGACCAGAUGAGGAGCUUUCCUGCUAAAACCCCAGAAAAACCAGCCACCCUCGUCCAGGUGCAUCAUGGGAAGAUUGAGGACGAGGAUUCGGACGCUUCGGUGGACAGUCCUCGACCGCUGGCCGAGAGGCUGAAAAUGAGAUUCGCAAAGUGAGCGAUGAAGCACAAGUGACUGUUCGUUUGAGAGGAUAAUGUUUGGCGUUGAAUAAAUUAGUUUUAUUUUUAUGCA